AUGGGACCAAACCAGCAAACACUACAGAACCAAUUCCCACAACAGAAGAAAGACUCACAACAGAACCAAUACACACAACAGAACAAAGAGCCACAACAGAACCCGCAACCACUAGAGAACCAAUACCUACAACAGAACAAAGAAUCACAACAGAAAAAAUACCCACAACAGAACAAACAACCACAACAGAACAAGCAACCACAACAGAACCAAUACCUACAACAGAACAAACAACCACAACGGGACCAGCAACCACAACAGAACCAAUACCCACAACAAAACAAAGAAUCAAAACAGAACCAAUACCCACAACAAAACAAAGAAUCACAACAGAACAAACAACCACAACGGAACCAGCAACCACAACAGAACCAGCAACCACUACAGAACAGAGAAUCACAACUGAACCAAUACCCACAACAGAACAAAGAAUCACAACAGAACCAGCAACCACUACAGAACCAAUACCCACAACAGAACAAACAAUCACAACAGAACCAAUAUCCACAAAAGAACAAACAUCUACAACGGAACCAGCAACCACAACAGAACCAGCAACCACAACAGAAGCAAUGCCCUCAACAGAACAAACAACCACAACAGAACAAGCAACCAAGACACAACCAAUACGCACAAAAGAACAAAGAAUCACAAAAGAACCAAUACACACAACAGAAGAAAGACCCACAACAGAACCAACAGCCACUACGGAACCAAUACCCAAAACAGACCAAAGAAUCACAACACAAUCAAUAUCCACAACAGAAAAAACAAUCACAACAGAACCAAUAUCCACAAAAGAACAAAGAAUCACAACAGAACCAAUACCCACAACAGAACCAGCAACCACUACGGAACUAAUACCCAUAACAGAACAACGAAUCACAACAGAAUCAAUACCCACAACAGAACAAACAAGCACAACGGAACCAGCAACCACUAUAGAACCAAUACCCACAACAGAACGAACAAUCAGAACAGAACCAAUACCCACAACUGA